CCCGAACCCAUCAGCAAUGGCAUCCCAUCAACUCGCCAUUGCCAAGGCCUCCUUUUCCGCAGGCCUACUGCGUCCCGAUCCGACGUCAGUUCCGCGCGACGAGAUCACCGCGUUCCACACCUCCCUAGACCGGGCGCUGUCACAUUGCUCCCCGGCAAACAUCCAGACCUGCAAAUCAUGGCUCCUGGAAUACGUUGUCUCGUCGUCUAACCGCGUGGGCGGGUUGGCCAAAUACCUAGCUGCAUUGUCGGGAUCCUUCGAAGCAUCCCCCGCGGGCGGCAGGACAUCGGGCAAGCGGAAACGCCUCCACAUUCUGUAUCUGUUGAAUGAUGUGCUGCACCACACGAAAUACCACCUGGAUACGAGCACCGCAUUUAGCACCCUGAGCGGAUCGCUGCAGCCGCAUGUCGUGGAGCUGUUGGGCUAUGCGGCAUCGUACGAUCGCGAAAAGAACCCGAAACACCAUCGUCGGUUGGACGAGCUACUGGAUAUCUGGGAGGAACAUGGAUACUACGGCAGUGAUUAUGUGAAUAAGUUGCGGGAGGUGGUGAAGAACUCGGCGGUGUCUGGGCCGGUCAAAACGUCGCUGAGUGUGGAGGAGAGCAAUGUGGAGUUUUCGGCGGGCGGCGUGAAACACCUUUCCUCGGGCAGGGAGGUGCCGUUUGUGAUGCCGGCGACGCAUGGGGAUCCUGCCAUGCCAUAUUAUGAUCUACCGGCGGGGAAUCUCGUCCCCCAUAUCAUCCCGGAUUCGACGGUGCCGCUGCGGCCGGAUUCGAUCAAGCCGCUGCAGUUCUUGGCUGGACCGGCGGAUGAGAGUCUUGUCGUGGCGCUGAAGAGGUUCAUGAAGGAUGUGGAGCGGAUAUAUGGGGAAGGGGAGCCGGACCAUGAAGAGGACGAGGUGGUUGAUGUGGAUGAUCUGGGCCAGGUGGUC